AUGGUGGUCACGAGGAGUCAAGCUGGCCUGGACGAAGAACGCAUCGUGUUCAACCAACGCCCCCGCUCCCCUUCGGCAAUCGAGCAAGCAAACGCUUCAAAGCCGAAUCGACCCGCUGAAAGUCAACCCAGCCCGAACGUGGUUGACGAGUAUACGGGUCGGCAAGAAAUGAACGAGGGCAACAAGAACACCGUCAGCGGGGAAGAUAACCACGUGGCCGCGGCGAGCGUACGCAUCACACAAGUCGUACGUUCGACGCGCUCUCGCAAGUCGAAUGUCAGCGCCAUCGCACGAAUGCAGUACGAGGCGAAACAGAAAACCGUCGCCCUUCAACGGAAGCAAUUGCAAAUGGAAGCGGAAUUAAUACAAAUGAAGUUAGCCGCAGACAUAGCAGCGUUGGAGGAAAGCAGCCAGGACGAAGAAGAUGAACCAGCUGAACGAGUGGAGGAUCGCGUCAACGCCUGGAUGCAGGAUAGCAUGAUAGCCUUACGGGGGGAGACAUCCAGGGUUAAGGCGCAACCACCGGUUCAAGAGAACGUCCACGCCAGAAGAACGGAGCCAUUAGAGAAGGUGACACGCGUUGAAGAGGACCAUACGCCCCGACUGAAGGAACGAUCGUUCACUCCGGGCGGCAGCCGAGACAUCGAACGACUAGCGGACACACUCGAACAGAUGAUGAAGAGGCGCCCACCGCCGAGACAGGCUACCGAUCUACCCCUGUUUUCGGGUGCGCCCUCCGAGUGGCUACAAUUCGAGGCCGCCAUGAAGGAGACAACGGAGGCGUACCACUUCACACCAAUGGAGAAUCUGGCACGGCUGAGAAAUUGUCUACGAGGGGAAGCCAGGGAAGCGGUAGCGCCCCUGCUUAGCGCCUCCACCCAUCCAGAACAAGUGAUGAACACAUUAAAGCAAUGUUUUGGACGGCCGGAGGUGAUAGCAGACCAAAUGAUGGAAGAGCUAAAGCAUCUACCGAAGCUUGGCGGAUCACCGACGGAGCUCAACACGUUCGCUGUGAAGAUGCAGAACGCCGUCGUCGUGUUAAAGAAGUUGAGAAUGGGUUAUCUCCAUAACCCGUUAAUGCUUAGGGAGGUGUUGGAGAAACUCAGCCUACAUCAAAGGGCCCGGUGGUACGAUUAUGCAGAGUCAGAAGCAGAAGCAUCGGACCAACCGGAGAUCGUGCUGCUGUCAGAGUUUCUGAUUAAGGAAGCCAACCGAGCACUGAAAUUUGGCUUCACCACUGCUCUGGCCGGGAAAAAGGAAGCAUCACGGCCGCCCUUGAAGUUUAUCGAGAUGAAAAAGAAGAAGCCGGUCUACACGAUAUGCAGCGAGGAUAAAGAAGAGGAGGCUGGCCCAUCCAACGCGUCGGAGGACGCGAACAAUUGCCCGGCGUGUGGAAAGAGACAUUCACUUCCCAAAUGCUACAAGUUCGCCAAACUGAAGAACGAAGAACGCUGGAACGUCGUAAGAAAAGCCAACCUCUGCUUCAAAUGUAUAUCCGGCAAGCACAGAAGAUUUAACUGUCGAGCGAAGCGCUGCGGCGUGGAUGGGUGUAAAUUAUCCCACCACCAGCUGCUUCACAAUAAAGAAGUCCAUAAAGCCGAAAAGGAAACGGUGUCUACACUCACAGCCACCGAUGAAGAUACGGACGAGGUCGUCGCUCCCGAGGAAGAGGACAUUAUGGCUGUCGCUGCAACCGCUAACGAACGUGAAAUCAAAUUGAAGAUCUGCCCGGUGACAGUAAGCGGGCCGAAAGGGAAGCUGCGAAUCUUCGCGCUAUUCGACGAAGGAUCUACAGUGACCUUGCUGGACGAAAAGGCGGCACUGAAGAUAGGCGCUAAGGGACCCAUGAAAACCCUAAAUAUGCGCGGCAUCAACACCGAACGAUGCGAGACAAAGAGCCAGCAGAUCACAUUGAAGAUUAGUGGCCAGGACAGCAGGGAACACGAUAUCACCGUACGAACAGUCCCUGGUCUGAAGCUAACGGGCCAGAGUGUAUCGGAGGAGCUGCUGCAGUUGGGGCACCUUAAGGACCUCAAACGAGAAGAGUUGUGCUACGCGGGAGCAAAACCGCAACUGCUCAUCGGUAGCGACAACUGGCAGCUGAUAGUUUCAAGGGAGCUGCGCAUAGGCAAGAAGGACCAACCGGCCGCCUCUAAAACACAACUUGGCUGGGUAAUCCAUGGCAGCCUCCCUAGAAGAAUCCUCAAGAUGGAUGCGGAAGAAGUUCUUCACGUCGUGACAACGGAAUCACUAGAUACGAUGGUGAAAGCUCACUUCGAGAUUGACGCCAUCGGUAUAUCGCAGAAGGUGAACGUCAAUGAAGAGGCACGACGGGCGAUAAACAUAUUUGACAGCACUGUUCGCCAACGUGAAGACGGGCAUUUUGAAGUGGGGCUACCGUGGCGCAACGAUAACACCAAGUUGCCGCCAAGCUACAACAUUGCUCUACGGCGACUCAAGAAUCUAGAGACGAGAUUGGCCAAGUCGGCUGAUGAAAGGCGGCAAUACGACACGCAGGUGGUCAAUCUCCUGAAGAAGGGGUACGCCGAGAAGUGCGAUGGAACAGAAGCCGGCAGUCCAGUGGCUUGGUACCUACCGCAUUUCCCUGUACGCAACAUCAACAAGCCAGGGAAAAUUAGGAUGGUAUUCGACGCGGCAGCCAAGUCACACGGCAAGUGCCUAAACGACUUCCUUCUGGAGGGACCUGACCUACUCCGAUCGUUGCCAGCCACUUUAUUUAGAUUCCGGGAAGAAGCAGUGGCGGUAAAGGCUGACAUCGAGGAGAUGUUCUUGAGGGUCAAGAUCAGAAAAGAAGAUCAGCCAGCACAGAUGUUUCUAUGGAGGACCGACCAACGAGCACCGCCCACGGCGUAUAAAAUGACUUCAAUGAUAUUCGGGGCGGCUAGUUCUCCAUUUCUGGCGCAUAGCGUUCGAAACAGAAACGCUCAAAAUUUCGCAAGUUCUCAUCCCGAAGCCCAUGUUGCCAUAACCGAGGCACACUACAUGGAUGACUACGUGGACAGUUACAAGGACGAGCGAGAAGCGGAAAAGGUGAUGCACCAAGUGGACUACGUGCAUCGCCAAGCUGGAUUCCGGUUGCGAAGCUGGGAGAGCAAUCGCAGAAAAGUGUUACGAGACAUACCCAGCGAGCUGCAUGCACACGGCGCGACACAGGCCAUAACUAAAAACGACAGUUAUGAGAAGACGCUAGGCCUGUUAUGGGACUCGGCGAAAGACGUACUUAAAUUUAGUACGUCGUUAAAUCGAGUAAACAAGGAGGUCAAAGACGGGAAACGACCACCAACAAAGAGGGAAGCCCUAAGCGCGGUAAUGAGUAUAUAUGACCCGCUGGGGCUGUUAAGUUGCUACACCAUCACUGCCAAGAGUGAACUACAGAACCUGUGGCGACAAAAGUUGGGCUGGGACGAAAGAAUACCCACGGCGUCCGCUGAAGUAUUCGCUGAGUGGCUAAGAAGUCUGGAACACAUUAGCCAUAUCGAGCUGCAGCGAAGCUACAACGGGGGGAGCCCAGUACGGAAUCGCCAACUGCAUGUGUUCUGCGACGCAAGCGAAGAUGCCUACGCAGCGGCCGCUUAUUGGCGGCUAGAACAAAAGGAUGGGAACGUGCAAGUGAUAUUGGCAGCGGCGAAGGCCAAGGUGGCGCCGCUCAAGACACAAACCAUCCCGCGAAUGGAACUCCAGGCGGCACUGAUAGGGGCAAGACUGGCGCAUCACGUACGUGACGAGCAUCGCUGGGACACAGAUGGGAUCACGUACUGGACCGACGCGCGCGUGGUGCUGCAUUGGGUGAGGAACGGGAGCAAGCGAUACACUCCCUAUGUGGCACACCGGCUGGGGGAGAUCGCCGAGCUGAGCGCCCCGCAUCAAUGGAGAUGGGUACCAACCAAACAGAACGUAGCCGACUUAGCAACGAGACCCGGCUACUUGCCACAAGACGCCGACGACGUGUGGUUCACUGGGCCAGCGUUCCUAAGACAGUCGGAAGACAAAUGGCCACAGAAUAUGCCGGAGCAGCCAAAUGAAGAAAGCGAACAGGUUGUAUUGCACGCAGACAACACACGUUCGCUUUGCUUACCGGAACUGGAGCGUUUCUCGAGUUACGAACGUCUCAUCAGAACGACGGCCCGCGUGCUACUCUUCAUACAAAAUUGUAAGGGCCCGAGGGGAGAUUUGGCUGUUAAGCAUCUGGAACGAGCGGAAAACUUGUGGAUAAGGCAGGCACAGGAGGAAGACUUUCCAGCAGAAUUGGAAACCAUUCGAAAAGGCAAGCCGAUAUCAAAAUCUAGUCGGCUAUAUCGCCUCGACCCUGUUUACGAAAAUGGAAUGCUGCGUGUCCACGGGCGAAUUGGCGCGGCCGACGUGUCGACCGCUGUGAAACAGCCAAUUAUUUUAGACGGGCGUCAUCCAUUUACCAGGUUAGUGGUGGCGCAAGAACACAAAGCGUCGGGCCACUUAAACCAAGAAAGAACGGUAAACGACUUACGGCAGAAAUAUUGGAUCCUGAGAUUACGGCCCACGGUGCGGUCGGUGAUAAGAAACUGUGCCUACUGCAAAUUGAGAAGAGCCGCGCCAAGGAAAACUACGACUGGCGAUCUGCCACGUGAAAGAUUGGGCGCCUUCCAGAGGCCAUUUUCAAAUUGUGGCCUCGACUACUUCGGCCCAAUGGCAGUCACCAUCGGACGGCGACACGAAAAAAGAUGGGGCGCACUGUUCACAUGUUUGACCACACGAGCCCUACAUAUAGAGUUGGUGGCAUCAUUAUCCACCGACUCGGCCAUAAUGGCAAUAAGGAGAAUGGCUGCUCGCAGGGGAUGGCCCGCGGUUAUGUAUAGUGACAACGGGACAAACUUCCGAGGCGCAGAUGCGGAGCUACGAGCCGCGUACCAAGAGUGGCAACCAGAGCUGCAAGACUUGGGACUACAGCAUCGCAUGAGGUGGAAAUAUAUACCACCUGGGACACCGAGCCAGGGAGGAGCAUGGGAGCGAAUGGUGAGAACCGUGAAAUCUGCUUUGGCGGCUACACUGAACCAGAAGGCGCCAAAAGAAGAGGUUCUCCAAACACUUAUAACGGAGGCAGAGUACUCGAUAAACGCGAGACCUCUGACUCAUGUUUCCGUCAACCACGACGAUCCGGAAGCACUGACACCGAACCAUUUCCUAAUUGGUUCGUCGACGGGUAUGCCUCACAUCGGACCGUGCAAACCAGCGGACAAGCGGACGUGGCGGGCCGCGCAAGCUCUAGCUGAUGAGUUCUGGCGGCGGUGGGUACGAGAAUACCUGCCCACGUUAGUGCCACGACAAAACGCCGCUCAGAUGGAACGACAAAUCACCGAAGGAGAUCUGGUGGUGGUGGUUGACCCUACACUCCCACGCAACAUAUGGCCGCGAGGAAUAAUUACGAAAGCCUACCAAGGACCGGACGGACGAGUACGCAGCGCUGACGUCCGUACGCCGGGAGGAGUACUUCGACGACCGACAUCGAAGUUGGCGGUCCUGAAGGAGAACGUCGAGCCCGCUGUCCACCAAGGAGGCUGCGUCGAGACUGCGCCGGGGGGAGACUGUUGA